AUGAAAGGUUUGGGUGCAGAAAAGACAACUACUCGAGGACAACCACAAAAGCGGAGAGGCCCAAAGCCAGAUAGCAAACCUGCCCAGACCCGACGUCAGGAGCUAAAUAGACAAGCACAGAGAACACAUCGAGAGCGAAAAGAACAGUAUAUCAGGGCACUGGAGACAGAAGUGUCUCGACUUAGAGAAUGCUACAGCAAUGAUAUGUCAACAACAAAUCUGUCAAUGCAACAACAGAAAAAGAUAUUACAGGAGCAGAAAGACGAGAACGCUAUGCUGAGACAACUUCUCACCGCUCAUGGCGUUCCCUUCGAGGCCGAACUUGAACGACGAAAAGCUUCCCUUCGUUCUGGAAACAACCGUGCUUACACAAGCGCCUUAGUUGGCAGAACUUCCCAAGCUCACUCCCAGUCCCACUCGCAAGGAUUCACAAGGGGCGGUGACCCCCCCUCAGCCACACCUUCGAGCAUCAUGUCAGCCAUUAGCCCUGGGACAGGUUCCGAUUCCACAGAAACCCAACCCGGUGGGAAUAUGUUCCCUUUAUAUUCCGAGUCUCAGGGACAUCAGAAAGAGCAAUCAGGAGUUUUAGCAGAAUCGAGUUCUUGGGGAGGUGAUGGUACGGCAGUCGAUGAUGUGCCUGGCAUUUUCGAAAAGGAUCCGCAGUUGGGAGUUGACUUUAUCCUCUCCCUCGAACAAUCCUGCCGUACCCACAUGGAACUCCUUUGCAGGCGAGCUGAGGACGACGAAGAGCAUGAAACAAUCUCCGGACAUGUACUAAUGGCAUCAUGCCCACCACCUACACAAAUCGUCUCUGCUGAACCCGGUCAAAUGUAUUCCACCCGAACCUACGACCUUCCACAUGCCAACCUAACAGCCCUCCUCAAUCUAAGUCGUCAGCUAGUCACAGGAGGCCAAAUCACACCAAUCAUGGCACUGCAGUAUUUAAAGAGCCAUGAUACUUACCCUUCGCUAACGAGAGAAGACGUGCGACAUAUGAUGGACGAUUUGAAUGGUAAAAUCCGAUGCUACGGGUUUGGUGCGGUAAUGGAAGAUUUUGAGUUUAUGGACUCAUUCAGCAGCGUGCUAGCAAGGAAAAUGGAGCCUCCGAUGGAUACAGGUCCCGAUGAUCUCAAGCCCCUUCCCCCGAUUCUCUGA